AUGAAGCCUGUCUCUCUUGUCUUCUCCACAUUAUUUUGGUGCGAAUACAUUAUUCACUUAUUUCUUAUUACCACUUUGAACUCAUCACUACUGUGGUUUAUCUCAAACACUAGUAGUAGUAGUAGUAGUAGUAGUAGUAGUAGUAGUGCACAUGCAUUGUUGCUAGGAAAUGAGAGUGAUCAUCUGGCUUUGCUCAAGUUCAAGGAUUCAAUAUCCAAGGACCCUUUUGGAGUCUUGGAUUCUUGGAAUACCACAAACCACUUUUGCAAGUGGCAAGGAAUCACAUGCAACAAUAGUCCCAAGCAACAAAGAGUUAUUGAAUUGAAAUUACCAGGAUAUUAUCUGCAUGGAUCUCUGUCUCCUCAACUCAGUAAUCUCUCUUUUCUGAGGCACAUAGACCUCGAAAACAACAGCUUCUAUGGAGAUAUCCCCCAAGAGCUUGGUCUCUUGUCACACCUGCAGGUACUUUAUCUUGAUAACAAUUCUCUGACUGGUGAAAUUCCUAUAAACUUGACCAGUUGUUCUGAACUCACAAACUUUGACUUCUCAUGGAACAAUUUGAUUGGUAACAUACCAAUUGGAAUUGGAUCUCUUUCCAAGCUCAAAGAAUUUUUCAUUGAGAGUAAUAGUUUGAGUGGAGGAAUCCCACCAUCCAUAGGUAAUCUUACAUCCCUCACUUCCCUAGUGUUGAUUUCUAAUAACUUGGAGGGGAAUAUUCCACAACAAUUAUGUGCCUUGCAAAACUUAACAUAUUUAUUACUCGAUUCGAACGAAUUUUCCAGUACACUUCCAUCUUGUCUUUACAAUAUAUCAUCUCUUAGUGUGUUAUCAGUUUCAAACAAUAAUAUCAGUGGCUCUUUGCCGGCCAACAUUUUCCACAACCUCCCAAAUCUUCAAUUUUUCCAAAUUGGAACUAACAGUUUCUCAGGAACAAUUCCACUUUCUGUCACAAAUGCAUCUUUACUACAAGUACUUGAUUUGGAUCGAAACCAUUUUGUGGGACAAGUUCCAAGCCUAGGGAAGCUAACAAAACUUCGAUUUCUAUCUGUAUCUGAGAACAAUCUAGGUGGAUUUCCAAUUAAGGAUUUGAAGUUCUUGAAGCCAUUGGCCAACUGUAGUAACUUGUACGUGCUUGGCCUAUCUGUCAAUAACUUUGGAGGCCAGUUGCCAAAUUACAUUGGUAAUUUGUCUACACACUUGAGCAAUCUCUUUCUUGGUUAUAACCAAAUAUAUGGAAAAAUUCCUGCAGAGUUAGGAAAUUUGGUUAACUUAACUCUCUUGAACAUGCAAGGCUGCCGUUUUGAUGGGAAUAUUCCAGCUACUUUUGGACAGUUUCAAAAGAUGGAAGUUUUAGAGUUGAGUGGAAACAAGUUUUCAGGAGAGAUGCCAGCCUUUAUAGGCAACCUCAGCAAGUUAUUUCUCUUGGAUUUGUCAGACAAUAUGUUUGAAGGAAGCAUUCCUUCAAGUAUAGGAAACUGUCAGAACUUACAAAAUCUAAAUUUUUUCAACAACAAUCUCAGUGGAACCAUACCAUCUGAGAUUUUCAGCAUUUCUUCCUUAACAAUCUUAUUAGACUUGUCACACAACUCAUUCAGUGGCAAUCUAUCUGAUGAAGUGGGAAAGCUACAAAAUCUCAAUUUCCUGAAAGUCUCUGAGAAUAAUCUAGUUGGCAACAUUCCUGCCAGCAUUGCAGAGUGUCUAAGUUUGGAGUUCCUUUAUUUGCAAGGGAAUUCAUUCUCCGGAGCCAUACCAUCCUCUUUGGUUUCGCUUAAAGGUCUCCGAAAAUUAGACAUAUCACGAAACCAUUUGUCCGGGUCGAUUCCUGAAGGCUUGCAGAACAUUUCACUUGAGUAUCUCAAUAUCACUUUCAACAUGUUGGUUGGCAAAGUACCAACAGAAGGUGUUUUUAGAAAUGUGAGUGAGUUUGCAAUGAUUGGAAACAAUAAGCUUUGUGGGGGUGUUUCAGAGCUUCAUUUGCCACCAUGCCCUUCUGAAGCUAAGAAACCAAAGAGACACCACAAUUUCAAGUUGGUUGUAGUGAUAGUUUGUGUGUGUGCUUUUUCCUCCUUAUCUUUUUUCCUAACCAUUUGCUGGAUGAGGAAGAGAAGCAAGAAAAUGUCUUCUGAUGAUUCACCAACAAUUGACCUGCUGUCUAAGGUUUCCUAUCAAAGCCUACACAAUGGAACAAAUGGAUUCUCAGAAGAAAAUUUAAUAGGGUCUGGAAGUUUUGGCUCUGUGUAUAAGGGAACUCUUGACUUAGAAGAAAGUGGUGGUGUUGUUGCCAUUAAGGUCCUAAAGCUUCAAACCAAAGGUGCUGAGAAGAGUUUUGUUGCUGAAUGUAAUGCACUCAAGAGUGUGAGGCAUCGCAAUCUGGUGAAGAUUUUAACAUGUUGCUCAGGUACAGAUUAUAAAGGGCAAGAAUUCAAGGCUCUAGUUUUUGAGUUCAUGACAAAUGGAAGCCUAGAAAGUUGGUUACAUCCAUCAACAGGAAUUGCAAAUCAAAGUGCUGCUAGAUCACUGAACCUUGAGCAAAGGUUUAACAUCAUCAAUGAUGUUGCCUCAGCAUUUCAUUAUCUUCACUAUGAAUGCGAUCGAGCUAUUAUUCAUCGUGAUUUAAAGCCAAGCAAUAUUCUUCUGGACGAUUUGAUGGUAGCUCAUGUGGGUGAUUUUGGCUUAGCAAGACUACUUGAGAAGAAUAUUGGAGACUCUUCUAUGCAAACUAGCUCAACUGGACUUAACGGAACUUUUGGUUAUGCUCCUCCAGAGUAUGGAAUGGGUUAUCAGGUGUCCAUGGAAGGAGAUAUGUAUAGCUUUGGGAUUCUGAUAUUAGAAAUGUUGACUGGAAAGAGGCCCACGGAUGAAAUGUUCAUGGACGGUCACAAUCUCCAUAAAUAUGUUGAAGUUUCAAUUUCAAGUAACAUUUUGAAGAUUGUGGACCCUUGUAUCCUUUCCAUGGGAAAACAACUACAGCCUGGGGUUGAAAAUUGUUUAAUUUCACUGUUUAAAGUUGGACUGGCUUGUUCAAUGGAAUCACCAAAUGAAAGAAUGGCUAUGGUUGAUUUAAUGAGAGAGCUUAACCGAAUCAAAAGUUGUUUUCCUUCGUAAACUCGUCUGAUGGGGAACAAAAAAAUAUCCAGUGACCAAAGUUGACUUCCCAAUGUUGACCGCGCUUUGUAUUAUUGCCGAAUGCAGAGUAAAGGCAGAGGUUACAACUACCGAUAAAAGGAUUUGGCAAACUCUUUUCUUGCACUGAACUUGAGUAUUAUUUUUAUUUUAUUUGAACUUUGAGUAUGUACUGUGUAAUGUAAGUGUACUAAUAAGAUUGCUCGUUUAGAGAAUAAAAAUUUGCAUGC